CACCCAAAAUGAAAGCGAAAGUGAAACUGAAAGUUGUUCCAUAAAAAGACCAGAAAAUGUGCAUUUAUCAUUCGCUAUGCUACCGCCAGGGAUAUGAAAGUAAUUGCAGUAGGACAAAAGAUGGACAAAAAGACUGAGCAGGAAAAAGUUGGUAUGAAGAGGAUUAGCAAAUUCCGACAUGGCAUUAACAAACCAUGUGAACGAAAAUCAUUAUUUAGAACUGUCAAAGAUUUAAUAACUCCAACAUGGCUGUCUAGACUUUUCACCUCUGAAAAACAGCAUGAGUCUAAUGAAGCAAAGGAGGAAGACACAAGAACAAUGUCCGUAUUCGGAUCACUGAAAGAUCUGUUAACACCAUCAUGGUUGUCCAGAUACAUCACUUUAAAACCAGGAAAAAUAAACACCCAGGAUUCUAGCAAAGACUUUAAGAACCAAACAAAUGACAGAGAUAAACAACAACCGAAUGUCAAAAGACCACUAGUUAUUCCAUGCAACCAGAAAAAUAACACCAGAUGCAGCGAUACCUGUUUUCAACAGUCAACAUUGAUUUCUCACACCAGAUCUAGAGAAGAUAUUUAUCAUCAACAAGAUCAAAUACCUGUUCAGACUACUGGUAUAUUCUCAUCAUCGCAGCUUCCAUUACACACAGAAAACAUUAAUGAGCGUAUAGAUAAUGAUGACAACUUUUCUAACAUAAGUGAUUAUUCUGGGUGUUCAAGUGGAUAUUCCUCUAUGAACCCACAUCAGCCAACCAGCAUCCAAGAGAAGAAAGCCUUAAUAGAACUGAAUAACAAUGCUUCUGAUACUCAUCAUAACUCAGAUUAUAAAAAAAAUCUGAAUUGGUCAGCACAGUACAAUACAAAAAGACUGAGGAAGUCAUCAUUGACAGAAAAGUCCAGUUCAGGACUGAAUUUAUUUCCGAAGACACCAGAUGAGAGUGCAGCAAUACUGUCCAAAAGAUUAAUUGAAAAUGAAUUUUAUCCUGGUACAACAUUUGGAAGAAGUUCACCACAAAAAAGAAGAUGGAAUGAAAAUUGCAGUCCCAUUUCUCAACAUAAGAUUCCAGCAAGACAGAAAAUGCAAGCCAGAUAUGUAACCAGCUCAAUAAACAGUAGUGUAUUUGUCAGUUCAGGAGCUAAAAAUAUGCAUGGAACAUUGGAAAAGCUAAAAACAGAUAUUGAAGAGUUCCACAUAACUUCUACAGAAGAUGAUAUGUCAUCAUAUGACAAGCCCAGAAAAGAUAAAUUUCACAGUGUAGGGAAAGAGAGUCAUUACAGUAAUAUUGACAAUUUAUCAGUUGUGUCAUCAAGUACUGAUAAAGAAUUAGAAGCACAAGAUGAAUGCCAGAUAAGACCUGCAGGUUUCAUUUCCAAAUCUGAUAUGACAUCAGAUCUCAAUGGUAAUUCAAAAUCAAGCAGUGAAUUUAAUUUGACAGGCGAUUGCAAUAGAUCAGCUAAGUUUGGAGAAAAAUCAACAUUAAACAAUAAUGGAUUUAUAGUUGAAAAAAGAUUAAUAGAACUAUCUGAAAGAAUGGAUCAACCCCAGUCUUGUAAAAAUACUUAUAGCAAAGAAUUGCCAAAAACAAAUGAUUCGCCAUUUAGCACAUACUAUGAAUUGCAAUCUAAUAAACCUUUAGAGACAGAAAUAAUAUCUGAAAUCAAUGAAAGUACAAUUUCCAAGGAAUAUGUUAUCAAGGAUAAAUCAGAGGUCAUGGUCAAAAGUUCUGACAACGACUCUAGGGAAAAUACAUUUGGAGAUACCAUAACAUUUGGAAAUCUUGGUUCUUCUCCAAGAUUGUCAAGGACACCAAUAUUGGGAACAUCUGAGACAGUAGCACUUACAUCUCAAAUAUCUGAAACUUCAACACAAAAUGUGAAAAUCUCUACAAUGGCAGCAGCAAUACCUAGAACAUCAACACCUUCAUUUGCAACAUCUUGGGUGUCAGCAUCAGCAUCUCAGACUUCAUUUGGCAAAUCAAUUGCAUCAACAUCAUUCUUUACAAUAUCAGAAACAUCAAAAGUUUUAAUCGGAAACUCUAAUAAAUCAACACUUACAGUUGGACUACCUCAGUCAACAUUGCCAAUAUAUUCCACAUCUCAGACAUCAAUACCAACAUUUGCCACAUCUCUGGUAUCAACAGUUACAUUUGGAACUCCUCAGACAUCAACGUUUGCCAACUCAAUGGUAUCAAUACCAACAUUUAAUACACCUCAGACAUUGGCACCAACAACUAGCACAUCACUGCUAUCAAUACCAGCAUUUGGUACACAUCUGACAUCAGCACCAACAACUAGCACAUCACUGCUAUCAACACCAGCAUUUGGAACACAUCGAACAUCAGCACCAACAACCAGCACAUCACUGCUAUCAACACCAGCAUUUGGUACACAUCUGACAUCAGCACCAACAACUAGCACAUCACUGCUAUCAACACCAGCAUUUGGAACACAUCGAACAUCAGCACCAACAACUAGCACAUCACCGCUAUCACCACCAGCAUUUGGUACAGACCUGACAUCAGCACCAACAACUAGCACAUCACUACUAUCAACACCAGCAUUUGGAACACAUCGAACAUCAGCACCAACAACUAGUGCAUCACUACUAUUACCACCAGCAUUUGGUACAGACCUGACAUCAGCACCAACAACAAAAACAUCACUGCUAUCAACACCAGCAUUUGGAACACAUCGGACAUCAGCACCAACAACUAGCACAUCACUUCUAUCAACACCAGCAUUUGGAACACAUCGAACAUCAGCACCAAAUACUAGCACUUCUGUGGCAUUAACAUGUGGAACAAUAGACACCUCAGCAUCAAUACUGGCACCAAUGGUGACAUCAUCCACAACACUUGGAACACAUAAGACAUCAGAGACAGACAGAAUGACAUUUGGAAAAAUCCAGACAUCAUCAUCAAUAUGUAAAACAUCUUCAACACCAAUACAAACAUCUGGAACAUUCCAGAAAUCAUUAGCUACAUUUAGACAGCCUCAGGUUACAACAGUGAAGCCUGAAAUGUUGAAUACACCACCAAUGUUUACAAUGUUGCAAAAACAAACAUCAAACUUUGAAACAUCUAAUAUAGCAUCUGCUGAAACCUCAAAACUGCGAACAACUGAGACAUUAAAUUUGACUUCUAGGGAAUCUCCUAUAACCACACCAGCUUUUGGAAUAUCUCAUUCAUCUCCGAUAUUGUCACCAGAGAAAGAAAGAUCAUUACAAGCAAAAGACACUUGUACAGCAAUAUUUGGAACAGCACAGAAAUCAAGGUCAAAAUUUGGAACAUCAGAGGCUUCAGUAAAAGUAUCUAAAACAUCUCAGUCACCAUCACUUUCAUAUGAAGCAAUACACAAGUCAGUUUCAGCAUUUGAAAUACCUUUGAUACCAAAAACUAUAUUUGAAAGAUCUCAGGAAUCAUCAUCAUUUGAAUCUUCUUCAACAUUAGUACCACGCUCAACAUUCACAAAAAUCCAAACAUCAAAACAGAAAUUAGGAAUACCUGAAAUUUCAUCAGAACAAAAUGGUCGUUUAUCAUCUGCGUGUACAUCAGGAGAUGUCAACUGUGAUGCUGGGAUUAAAAAAGACCUUGCAUAUCAUGUGCCUUCUACCAAAAAAAUUGAGACGUUUAUUCCUGAAUAUAGAAAACCACUUGUUUCUAGACCAAUAGAUUUGAAUGCUGAUGACUGUAAUGUUUCAGUAGUGACAUUUGAUUUAGAAACUACAGGUUUUGGUUAUGAUGCAGAAAUUGUUCAAAUAUCAGCAGAAGUUGUUCAGAUAACAUCACAAAUUGUAGAAAUGGAGGUCCAGACAUUCCAGGAAUAUAUAUUACCAACCAAACCUAUUAAUCCUAAAGCUUCAGAAGUUACAGGCUUAUAUAGUGAUGGCUGCUCUCUUUUUUAUAAAGGACAAAAAGUAAAUACUUUGUCAAAAUCUGGGGGUCUAAAAAAAUUCAUAAAAUGGCUUCCACAUAAGGUAGUCCUAGUUGCUCAUAACAGUAAAAUUUUUGACUCUAAAAUUAUUGUAUCACAACUGAGCUCAGUUAAUCUCGUGAAUGAAUUACAGUGCAAAGUUUUUGGUUUUUCAGACACACUUCACAUAUUUAGACAAAAAUAUCCUGAUAGGAAGUCUUAUAAACAAGAAAAUCUGGUAAAGGAUAUUUUAAAUAGAAGUUAUAAUGCUCAUAAUGCAGUGGAUGAUGUACAACUCUUGAACCAAUUGAUGAAAAACUCAAAAGUCAGUCUUCAAGAUAUCAUAAAUCACAGUUUUACUGUAAAGUAUGUUCAUAAUUAUCUGAUAGAAUUUAGACAUAAAAAGGCUCGACUUAAUACCUUCAAACCUGUAUAUAUGUCUGAUGAACCAGUAAUGUCAAAGUCUUUAUGUGAGCGAGCAGCUGAGAGUGGGCUGAAAUUAGGACAUCUAAAUUUAGCUAUAUCUUGUGAUGAUUUUGAUGGUCUUCAUAGACUUUUUAGUGAAAUAGAUGAAGAUGGAAAUGUGAGAGUUACUAAAAUGAAAAGAAUCAUAAAAAAUGUAUACAAUUUUUUAACUGCAAUGAAAUAAAUACAUAUAUUAUAA